UCUAUAGUUAAUUUGUCCUUUCAAGUAUAAACGCAAAUCAGAUGUGAGAAAAAUGUAUAACGCGGUACUCAUAAUUUAGCACACAAUGACCCAACAAUUCUAAUUGUCAAUUCUCUAUAUAAACCUACUCAACUUUCACAUAAUCUUCGCAGUUAGCUAUGGCAAACUACUACAAUUUUCCUUCCCAUGUAUGGCUUUUGUUUACUGCUUCUAACAUUUUGUUCUUCAUUCCUCUAUUAUUAGCACAAAAGGAGAAUUACAUUGUCCACAUGGAUUUAUCAGCCAUGCCAAAAGCUUUCUCUGAUCAUCAUAAUUGGCAUUUGGCCACUCUUGAUUCUGUUUUUCAACUUUCUAAAACCACAGACACCACUAAUUAUGAAACCAAACCUUCUAAACUUCUCUAUAGCUAUACUCAUGCUAUGAAUGGUUUUAGUGCUCAUCUCUCUCCUUCUGAGCACGAGAUCUUGAAAAGCUCUCCAGGCUAUGUUUAUUCAAUCAAAGAUCAGCCCGUCAAACCAGACACAACUCGUUCACCAUCUUUUCUUGGCCUUACUUCCAACUCUGAAGCUUGGAAUGUGUCGAAUUACGGUGACAAUGUCAUCAUCGGAGUGAUCGACACUGGUGUUUGGCCAGAAAGUAAGAGUUUUAGCGAUGAAGGAAUGCCGAAAGUUCCAAAAAGGUGGAAAGGGAAAUGUGAAAGCGGAACUGAAUUCAACUCUUCAUUAUGCAACAACAAACUCAUCGGAGCUCGUUUUUACAACAAAGGGGCAAUCGCCAAUAAGAACGCCACUAUAGCCAUGAAUUCCACGCGUGACACGGAAGGCCAUGGGACCCACACGUCGAGCAUAGCUGCCGGGAAUUUUGUAAAAGGCGCAUCAUAUGUUGGGUAUGCACCUGGAACUGCCAGUGGAGUGGCUCCGCGUGCUCAUAUAGCCAUGUACAAAGCGUUGUGGCCAGAAGGUGCUUCAUAUACAUCAGAUGUAAUUGCUGCAAUUGAUCAAGCAAUCAUGGACGAAGUAGAUGUUCUGUCUAUUUCAUUGGGAUAUAGUAAUAAAUAUUUAUAUGAAAAUCCUGUAGCAUUGGCAACAUUUGCAGCUGCCGAGAAGGAUAUAUUUGUGUCAACAUCUGCGGGAAAUGAUGGGCCUUAUCGCGGUACACUCCACAACGGCAUGCCUUGGGUAACAACUGUUGGUGCUGGGACUCUAGACCGUGAAUUCAAUGGAGUUCUAAAUCUUGGGAAUGGAGUUUCAGUCUCCGGUGUGUCUCUCUAUCCUGGUAACGAUACUACUUCUUGGCAUGGUCCAAUAGUCUUUAAAGGUAGCUGUUCUGACGACAGAGAAUUUGAAACGGGACACAUUAUAGUUUGCGAAGAGAAAUAUGGAAACUUAGAUGGCUUAGAGGAGCAAUAUGACAACGUCCGCUUAACUCAUAACAUCACAGCAGGAAUUUUCAUAACCAAAGCUAUAGACCUUGAAAACUUCAUCCAAAGCCGACUUCCAACAAUAUUUGUAAAUGUGAAAGAUGGGAAAAAGAUCAAAGAUUACCUCAACAGCACCAUGAAGCCAAAAGCAAGCAUGGAGUUCAAGAAAACAAUACUCGGUGUUAAAUCAGCUCCAAGUCUCACUAGUUACAGCUCCCGAGGACCUGAUUUAUCAUGCCAGCCGGUUCUGAAGCCUGACAUUAUGGCUCCUGGCUCUCUAAUUUUAGCUGCCUGGCCUGAUAAUAUAUGGGUGGAGCUUGUCCAUAAUGAACAGGAAAUAUACACUAACUACAAUCUACUAUCAGGUACAUCCAUGGCUUGCCCGCACGUAGCAGGAGUAGCAGCACUUUUGAAAAGGGCACAUCCAGAUUGGAGUCACGCCGCAAUUCGAUCGGCAAUGAUGACCACUGCCGAUACCAUGACUCAAGCCAAUGAACCAAUUAGAGAUAUUUCUUUUGACCAGCUGCCUGCGACUCCUAUAGAUAUGGGCGCUGGCCAGAUUAAUCCCAAUAAAGCGCUACAUCCAGGCCUUAUUUACGAUGCCAACAUAACUGAUUAUGUUAACUUUCUCUGCGCAUUGAAUUUGACCCAGCAGCAGAUCCAAAUUAUCACAAAAUCGGAGCAUAGUGAUUGUUCUUCCCCGUCUUCUUCUGACCUGAACUACCCGUCUUUUAUCGCAUACUUCAACGCUGAUGACUCUGAAGCCAAUUUGACUGCUGUUCAAGAAUAUCACAGGACAGUAACCAAUGUUGGAGAUGCAGUGUCUACUUACACAGCAAAUUUGACACCCAUUACUGGAAUUAAGGUAAGUGUUGUUCCAAACAAGUUGGUUUUCAAAAGCAAGUACCAGAAGAUAAGCUAUAAAUUGACCAUAAAAGGUCCAAAAGCAAUCCCGCAAGAUGUAGUUUCUGGUUACUUGACCUGGGUUGACUCCAAAAGUAAAUAUAUUGUCAGGAGUCCCAUUGCGGUCAUAGGUCAGAAAAAUUUUGAAAUCGAUGAUUAGAUGUAAGCUGUAUUAACUAUUCAGAAUAAAUUUUCAGAUCAGU